AUGUCGGUAGUACCGGAUGACAAGAAGCUGAGGACCGACGCCCGAACGUUGAAGACAUUCAUUAAAGGCAUAUUCGACUGCGUGUUGAUCACUGUACUCACUUGCUCGUUAUUCGUGACUGUGAUAACAGCUGUGGAACAUGACUCACUGUGGGAUGAAUUCGUGCCUAUCGUUGUCGGGGCGGUCCUCUUUCCCCUCACGCUCUACAUAUUCCAGGUCAUCCAGACGGUCAUUAAGACCAUCAAAGACAGCCUUGUGCUGCGUAGACGGCAGGUCGACGGGCUGGCGCACAUCGACACUUCCGUGGGCCGCUUCAACGAGGAGCAGCCUGGAAGGUUUCAGCACACCCCCAAGAGCAUCGCAAUCUUAGCUUUGAAAAAAGCCAAGGUGUGGUAUUCUUACGCCAAGCUGUCGCUGACGUUCAUGAUGCACAAUUCCUACAUCACGCUGCUCUUCUGGGAUUCCCUCAAGCUCACACUAUGGCUGAUGACGCUGACCUACUGGCGUCGGAACCACCACACGCAAGAAUGGGACUUCUCCCGCACGCCGCAGUCCAUCUACAGGCUCCACUACGGGUCGCUGUCACUGACUAACACCGAGUUAUGCCUGUUCAUACUCGGCACCACCGACAUCAAAGAUGUGCUGUGCUCAUCGCUGUUUUGGAUUAACAUAUGUAUACUACCGCCCAUGACCCUGUUUGUGAAACUGCUGUUCUUCCACCACCUCACCUUCUUCAAAAUUUAUUGGAUGUUGGGAUUCCUCAUCUGGAUAAAAUACUUCCUGCUCCUGGAUAGGCUUAUAAACAUCUUCAAUGUCGGUAUCGAACGCAGGGCCCAUCGUGUUUGGAAGAUUGCACUUGGUAUCUUCCUCAUGGCUAGCGCUUUCGCCAGUUCCAUGUAUGUGCUUCAAGGUAUACACCCUUCAGAAGCGAACGAUAACGCAUAUUCGUAUUCUCUGGCGCAGUAUGCGGAGUUCUUCUACUUUGCCUUUAUCACCUUUGCUACCGUCGGUUAUGGUGAUGUGGUGCCAAUGACCACCGAAACCAAGAUGGUAUCGGUCUGCUUCGUCUCAUGUAUGAUCGUGUGGAUCCCUUACGAAAUGAACAACUUCAUUCAAGGCGUGGGGAGCACCAACCGGAUCAGUGGCCACAUCUCCUCCUGGGGACCUAUGGAGGCUUUUAUAAUACUCAUUGGCGACGUCGACCCCAUCCAGCUGUCGCUGUUCAUCUCCAAGGUGUACUAUGCGGGGUUGAAGCUGAAAAUCAUCGUGCUGUCAAACCUGAGCAUAGAAACGUACGAAACGCAAAUUAACCAGGCCAAGCUGCUGCGACUGUCGCUAUGUAUCAUCAGGGAUGACAUCGGCCUGGACGGCAACGUCGACAUCCUCCACACUAUUAAGGCCAAGGACGCCGCUGCUACGUUCGUGCUCUCUACUUUCAAGAACCCAGAUGCGCGCAAGACGGACAUGAACACCGUGGCGCGGCUCAUCAGCCUGAAGAAAUUCGGUCUGAGCAGCGACAACGUGGUUGUGCAGUUCUGUUCUUCUAUCGGGCCUCAGAUUUCGUUACACGCCUUCGGACGCAACAUGAACCUGUACAGGUUCAAAACGGCGCUCAUCGCAAAAAAUAUUACGUGCCCAGGAAUCAUCACGCUGGUGAUAAACCUUUCGCUAACUCACAAUGCCGUCAUGCCGCAGGACCGGAAGCAGCAGCAGGAGUGCAGGGGCAGCAGCGACCUGUACACUCACUACCUCAUUGGCAUCGGUAAGCGGCUUCGCAUCUGCGAGAUCCCCGAAAGGCUUGUGGGGGUGAGCUUCGAGACACUCUGCUUGAACCUAUACAAUCGUCACGGGUACAUAACGAUCGGCGUCAUGCAUGCCGACAGCGCUUACCACACUUACCAUCUUAACCCGGCGAGCCACGAUUAUGUCAUCAACCAGGGGGACAGGGCGAUUUUGAUCGCCGAUUCCACAUCCACUGCGUCGGUAGAGACGGACUUCGUUGCGGCGGGGAGGCACUCGUCGUCGGUCGCGCUGAGGAACACCAUGAUCACCAUGUUUUUGGAGAAGUGGGGAAAUGUGGUACACGUGGAGAAGGAUGGCCGAGAUGACGUGGAUGGUGCCAUCGAGAUUCUACCCCCACCACUGUACACGUCGGCUGAAAGCAAGUUCAUGUCGGAAAGAGAGAACCUCAUGGAUCACGUACCUGAUGUGAACUCCAUCAUCGUCACGUCGAUCACGUUUGCCAGCAGAUACGUCUACGACAACCCGUCCAGGCCUAUCAUCGCCAUCAUUGGCUACUCCGAGUUCGUGAUUCAUCUGCUGCUGUACUUCGAGGAGCUCAACGAGUUCAACGUGGUGUUGUUCGGACGGCAGGUAUGGCCCCUUAAAAAGCUCACACUGACCGAACAGAUUUCGUCGAAGGCCAAUAUCGCCAUUUUACAACGGUUCAGGAGCUUCCUCGCCCUGAUCGACGGCGACCCUUUGAAGAAGGGGGACGUCAACAGGGCUGAACUCGACCGUGCGUGCUACCUCUACGUGCUGCGCAGUCCCGACCUCGAAGAACCGGGUAUAUCUGAUAUCGAUCUCGACCUGCAGACGAUCGUCACGUACCGGCACCUGAAGAACAUCAUCCAGAGCAACAUGAGCGAGAAGAACGCGGUGAACAACCCGUACUCUAACAUUUUCAGCUUGGUGGAGCUGCACAACGCCUCCAAUGUGUCGUACCUCGACGACAGCAAGUGGUCGGCGUGGAACGUGCUCGACAAGAGGCUGGACCCGUCCCUGGCGUACAUCCACUCCCUGGAGUACUCCAUGGGACAGUUCAUCAGCGACGAGAUGCUGUACAGCCUGUGCAUGAACACUAUGCUAGUGCAAGAGGAUUUCUCCAUCUAUCGUAUACUGAUGGAUCUUGCAUGCGUUCGCGAUUCCGCGCACAAAUUCGUAAGUGACGUCGCCUCCGGUAGCAUUUUGGCGCAGAAAGGCCUCAUGCUUAUACCGACCACGGACAUAACGCUGGACUCCAACAAGCGCACAUUCGGCCACCUGUUCAACUACCUCUUCGAGAAGCGGAACAUGGUCAUGAUCGGAAUCUACAGGGUGGGCAACGGGCCUAUGGAGAACUGCGUCAUCUGCGCGCCUCCGCCCAACUUCCCCAUACAUCACAUAGACAUGGUAGGCUACAUUGACCGAGAAUUAAACUGGGUUCAGGCGUACGUGAUAUCACAUAACAAUGGUGCCCGAUCGCUGUGA